UAUGUCCUCUUUUUCUGACCGCAAUCGAAACAUGUAUUUGGAGAAUGCUGGAGCUGUCAAGCGACAGCGUAUCGACUCUUUGGCUGAGAGCAAUAUUACUCUUCCUUCUACUGGUGCUAUAUCUGCUAUCCCAGUCGACAGUACCAUGUAUCGGGACUUGUAUUCUGCCAACGUUCUUGCUCAAUGCAGAGGUGAAGGUAUACAUUCGACCUUCUAGUCAAACUCUCAGAGACCUUGAAGCUGACAAGCAUCUCAGACGUACAGAUCUGCGAUGGCAUUGUCUCUGCCUUGGGUCAUCACACUGACAUUCAAGCUUCAAUCCCUAUCACUCAACCUGUAUCCAACCGUCCUGAUUUUGAACGUGGUCCGACUCCAAUUCAUCAUGCCAGAGCACCACUUGAUGGUG